UGGAAGAAAUGGCGGACAUGGAUGAAUUGUUCGGGAGUGAUGGAGACAGCGACAAUGAUCAGCGAGAGUCUGGCUCUGGCUCCGGUUCAGACUCGGAGCAGGAGAGACCACGGUCUGCCAGCAACGCCUCCGGCAGCGGCAGCGGCAGUGACAGUGAUCGAGAACGAGGUGAUGAUGAUGAAGAUGAAGGCCAGGAGGCAGGAAAGCCCAGUAUAAAUAAGGAACUGUUUGGAGAUGACAGCGAGGACGAACAACACAGUCAACACAGUCAACACAGUGGCAGCGACAACCAGUCGGAGCGCUCAGGGAAUCAGUCUGAUGCCAGCAUGCACUCAGACCAGGGCGACAACGAUCACUCUGAUGCAGAGCAGCACAGCGGCUCAGAGCGCGGCCAUCGUGAUGAGGAUGAAGACGAGGAAGACGGGGGCCACCGGUCUGAUGGCGGGAGCCCAGCUGGCAGUGGGAUGUCUGGAGCGGGGAGCCCUCGCUCUGAGAGGGGCAGUGUCCACUCAGACAGAAGUGUGCACAGUGAUCCUGCGACUCCACAGUCGGGCCCCGGCACCCCUCACUCUGACGGAGAAGCUUCUGGCAGGGAGAACCAGUCAGAUGAUGAGAAGUGGGAAGGGGGCGCUAAGAGCGACCAGUCAGAGGACGAGGAGGAGAAACGACAUUACUCAGAUGAAGAAAGAGAGAACUCUGAUGAUGAGGGGCCGAGGAACAGAAAGUCAGAGUCUGUAAAGGGCAGUGACAGCGAAGAUGAUUUCCUCCGAGUGAAACCCAAAGCAAAAGCUGCCUCUGACUCAGAUUCUGACAGUGACAUUGGACGAAAGAAAGGAAAUAAAACAGCAGCAGCAGAUGACCUGUUUGGAGAGGCCGACGACAUCUCUUCAGACAGCGAUGCAGAGAAGCCCCCGACCCCAGGACAGCCUCUGGAUACAGAGGAUGGGAUGGAGGGGGAGCAGGCAGAAGAAGAGCCUGCGCCUGAGACUCGUAUCGAAGUCGAGAUCCCCAAAGUCAGCACUGACCUGGGAUCUGAUCUGUACUUUGUUAAGCUGCCCAACUUCCUGUCUGUGGAGCCCAGACCCUUUGAUCCUCAGUACUAUGAGGAUGAGUUUGAGGAUGAAGAAAUGCUGGAUGAAGAGGGACGCACCAGGCUCAAACUGAAGGUGGAGAAUACUAUUCGGUGGCGAGCCAAGAAAGACGAGGAGGGAAAUGAAACACGAGAGAGCAACGCACGCAUCGUAAAAUGGUCUGACGGCAGCAUGUCCCUCCACCUGGGAAAUGAAGUGUUUGAUGUUUACAAAGCUCCUCUCCAAGGAGACCACAACCACUUGUUCAUCCGGCAGGGUACUGGACUACAGGGACAGGCUGUGUUCAAAACCAAACUCACAUUCAGGCCCCACUCCACAGACAGCGCCACCCACAGGAAGAUGACCCUGUCUUUGGCCGACCGCUGCUCCAAGACACAGAAGAUCAGGAUCCUUCCCAUGGCUGGACGGGAUCCGGAGUCACAUCGUAACGAAAUGAUUAAGAAAGAGGAAGAGCGCCUGCGUGCGUCCAUCCGCAGAGAGUCUCAGCAGAGGAGGAUGAGGGAGAAGCAGCACCAGAGAGGCCUGAGCAGCAGCUACCUGGAGCCCGACCGCUACGAUGACGAGGAGGAGGGCGAGGAGGCCAUCAGCCUGGCAGCUAUCAAGAGCAAAUACAAGGGAGGAGGAGGACUCAGAGAGGAGAGAGCAAGGAUCUACUCAUCAGACAGCGAUGAAGGCUCCGAUGAUGACAAGGCCCAGAGGCUGAUGAAAGCCAAGAAGCUCGACAGCGACGAGGAGGGUGAAGGAUCAGGCAAACGAAAGGCAGAGGACGAUGAGGAAAUGUCCACCAAGAAAGCCAAGAAAUAUGUCAUCAGUGACGAGGAGGAAGAGGAGGAGGAGGAGGAGGAGGAAGAAGAAGAUGAUGAUGAAUAAUUCACUUUUUUUUAACCAUUCCACUGUAUUAUCAGUGCUCAGCCCACAUGGCGUAUAAACAGCCAUAUUUUGUUUUGUAUAUUUUCUUAAGACCUGUGUGUGUGUGUGUGUGUGUGUGUGUGUGUGUGUGUGUGUGUGUGUGUGUGUGUGUGUAUGAUUGUGUAUGUAUGAUUGUGUGUGUGUGUAUGAUUGUGUAUGUAUGAUUGUGUGUUUGCUUGUUUAUGUUGUGUACAGCUGAGGUGAGAAAUAAAGAAGUGAUUGUCUUAUGUAAUCAAAGCUUCCUAAAGCGCC